GAUACAGAUUGGGCUGAAGUAUAUCAGCCCCACUGAGGGGACCUUAACGAAUUUCACUUUCGGAAAAAACACACAAGUUCCAAAUGGAUAUCCUAAAGGACAGCAACUUGGCCAUCGCACAAGAGACAGUUAAUCCAAUUAAAGAACCUGUGCAAAUCAUUGCCAAGGCUGGGACAUGGGAUAGUAAUUCAGCUUCCUACCUAGGCUGCAGUAUAUUUGUGGACCACAGCAAAAUCCCCAAACUGAAUGAUCAUCAGGACUCUCAUGAGCAGUUCCUUGGCAAGUCUAGGAAAGAGCUGAAGAAGCUAGCAAGGGAAGGAUUUUGGGCUGGAAGCCAUACCCUAAGAGCAAAGGCUUACCAGCACAUUAUCCAAGAUAUACCAUGCCGGCUAAUGACUCCUGAUGCCUUUGUCUACCAAGAUGUGGCCAGCAAGUUAUUUGGAAACCAGAGUGAAACUUUCGAUCCCUUACCUGAAUUCCUGUCAGGAAGCAUCAUGCCCGAAUACUGCCUCACUCCAGAAGGGAUAACGGCUUUGAAGAAAAUACUUAUCUGCAUUUCCAGUCUCUACCCUGAGAUUACUUACUGUCCUUUGCUCCCAGCUGUGACUGCUCUGGUGCUCCAUUACAGCCAAGAUGAGGCCCAAUGCUUUGAGCUUACUUGCCGAUUCCUCUACUCCAAGGCUCCCCAUACCACCUACAUAGACCAGUCCUUCCUGGCUCACAAGGCCUCCUGUAUGACCUUCGGGGACUUAGCCAAUAAGCACUGCCCAGCUGCUCAUCAACUGAUAGCAAGUUCAUCAGACAUCUUUGAGGUGUACUCUGAGUGGCUGGUGUGGCUCUUUGAUGAUCUUCCCUUUAAUUAUGUCAUUCGCAUCUUUGAUGUGUAUCUCUUGGAAGGGCAAAAAGUCCUUUACCGCAUUGCUCUGGCACUGCUGAAGCAAUACCGUCUCUUCAUGACUUCAAGAGGACAAGAGGUGGUUGACAUCAAGGGAAGUUUGCAGGCUUUCCUGUGGGACAUUCAGGAAAACUUGGCGGCUGACAAGCUUUUAGAGAAAGCAUUUGGCAUCCGGCUUUUUUCCCGCAAAGAAAUCUGGCUUCUUCAAAUGGCUAACCGGAAGGCUCUGGUGGAUAAAGGAGUAACAAUGGUGCAUCACAGACAACCAUUCCACCUCAUUGUGAAUACACAUAAUUUUAAUUCCACCAUUGUUAAAGCUCAAGAAAUGCGCAUUGUGUGGUCCUGGAUCCCAGAACGAUUUUCUUUAUACCCACCUGUUCUUUUAUUCUCAACUUCUGAAAAUGGAUACAGUUUGCAAAGGUUUUAUUCCUGCUGUGAAGGCUAUGAGCCAACUUUACUGUUGUUAAAAAACACACUGGGAGAAGUAUGUGGAGCAUUUCUUUCCUCUGACUGGAAUGAAAGGAAAAAACGGGGAGGAACAACAAGCUUCUUUGGCACAGGAGAAUGCUUUAUUUUUACAGUGCAUCCUAAAAUGGAACGAUAUGAAUGGGUCUUCAUCAAGAAGCCAGAACAAGCUAAAGCUCUACCUUGUCCCCAACGCCAGCGUUCUCCAUCUCCCUUUUCUUUGGAGAGGCCCAGAACAACCAGCUCAAAUCAUCUCACUGUACCAAAAUUAGAAACAAUUAAAUACCGUCUCUCUCCCUUCUUGGCAAUUAGACACUUCAAGUUGCCCUCCAAAACAGCCUCCAUGUUUAUGUCUGGAAGCCAGGAAGGAAUUGUCAUAGAUAAAUGGUUCUCCAGUCUCUUUUUGAAAGCCUUCAGUGAUGGAGCACCUACAACUUCUGAAGGGGGAGGCGGAGGCCAAGCUCUGUAUGUUGAUGCUAAUCUGAAUCAUGGAAGAACAGAACACUGUGAAACAUUUGACAACCCACCUCUCUGCCAACAAAACUUCCAGGUCCAGCUACUAGAAGUUUGGGGAUUUCAAAACUCUUGAGUUUCCUUUUCCUCCAUAUGAUGGACAUAUUUCACUGAGAUUCCUUUCCAAAGCACUGCAUGUCAUCAGGUGAUGACUGAGAGAUGGACAUCUAAGCAGCAGGAAUAGAUCAGUCUUUUUGGCCAGAAUCUUUGGAGCAUAACAAAAUAUAUUGGAUGAUUUACAUUUACGUUUAACUGUUCUGCUUUGACUUUGGAAAAGAUUAAUUUUGAAAAAAAAAAGUAUGGAAUUCCCAUUGAUCAUAUGCCUGCUUAUUCUGCUUAUUAGAUGAAAUGUAUGAAGCCAGAGAUUAUCCAAGAAUGUUAAUAUGUGGUUGGAAUGUGCAGAAAUGGUCCUACGAGAGAAUUAAAGAAGAGCUGAAUUCAGGUAUCAAAUUGGCAGAACAGUACCAAGAUAUUCAGGUAGUCCUCAACUUACGACCACAAUUGAGCCCAAAAUUUAUGUGGCUAAGUGAGAAAUUUGUCAAGUGAGUUUUGCAACUUUUCUUGCCACAUUUAUUAAGUGAAUCACUGCAGUUGCUAAAUCAGUAACACGGUUGUUAAGUGAAUCUGGUUUCCCCAUUGACUUUGCUUGUCAGAAGGUAGCAAAAGGUGAUCACAUGACCUUGGGACACUGCAACCGUACGUAACUGUGAGUCAGUUGUCAAGGAUCCGAAUGCAAAUCAUGUGACCAUGGGGAUGCUGCAACGGUCAUAAGUGGGAAAAAUGGUCAUAAGUCACUUUUUUCAGUGCAGUUGUAACUGAACGGUCACUAAGUGAACUGUUGUAAGUCAAGAACUACCUGUAUCAUACUUUGGCAACUGCUGCUCAUUGGAACUAACAGAGUAAAGGAAAGGGAGACCAAUAGUAGCAGAAUUGAUUUUAGUUUUGUUUCUAUCUCCUUCAUUGGCAACCAUGAAGAUACUUGAGCACUGCGGUACAAUUCUAGCAAUGGGAACAUUAUUAGAACAUUUCCAAUAUUUCCUCAAGGGUUCACUUUUACACUGGGUGCAAAGUGACCCUAGGAAAUAAGGUACAGUGGCAUUAUUAUGAUAUAUACCUUUUAUGAACUUGUUCUGCACACCUGUGCAACCCUGAAUCCAGUGGUGGGUUUCAAAAAUUUUUACUACCGGUUCUGUGUGCAUGGCUUGGUGGGCAUGGCAUGGCUUGGUGGGUGUUUCAGAGGAAGGAUACUGUAAAAUCUCCAUUCCCACCCCACUCCAGGGGAAGGAUACUGUAAAAUCUCUAUUCCCACCCCACUCCAGGGGAAGGUUACUGCAAAAUCGCCAUUUUCUCCCAAUCAGCUGGGAUUUGGGAGGCAGAGAAUAGAUGGGGGCGGGGCCAGUCAGAAUUGUUAUUACCGGUUCUCUGAACUACUCAAAAUUUCCGCUACUGGUUCUCCAGAACUGGUCAGAACCUGCUGAAACACACCUCUGCCUGAAUCUGUGCUUUACACUCAAGUGGACGAGUUAAGAUCUUAUCCCUCUUGUCACAGCAAGACUUCAGAAUACUUUGAAGGUGCCAGAGAAGCUCUUACAAAGGAACUAAGAUAUCCAACUGAAUGGGCUAUUUUUAGACUACACGCUUUUAUCGGCAUGGCCCCUGAGCAUCGCAUCUGGCAUGUACUACAUUAAGAAAUGUCAGGAAAAGAUUUCCUGUAAAAAAAAGAAUAGAAUUUUCCUUUCAUGAGUUAAUGCUUUUACAUUAGAGACACAAACAGCACAGCCUGUCUGCCCAAUUCACCUGCUUUAAAGAUGAAAGAAAGUAAAAUUGUCUUUGGCCUUUGGGUCUGCCAGUCAUUCCAUAUUUCAGUUUCCUUUCAGUCUUCAAUGAUGAAUAAAUGUUGCUGAACAAACACGG